AUGAAGGUGAAACGUUACAAACGAGCAAAACGUAUCAUCUCCAUUUAUCGACAUAAUUUUAAUUUGGAACCACCUUACCAAGUUUUGCUUGAUGGUACUUUUGCUAUGGCUGCACUACAAAAUAAAAUUAAUUUACGAGAACAGAUGCCAAAAUAUUUAAAUGCUGAAGUUGAUAUACGAGUAACUAGUUGUGUGCUUAAAGAGUUGGAAAAAUUGGGAUCUGCAUUGUAUGGUGCAUUGCAUAUUUGCAGACAAUUUGAUGUUGAAUCAUGUCCUCAUCGACCUGUUCGAACAGCAGUGGAAUGCAUCAAACAUAUGGCCCGUCGAAUGAAACGUAGAACAACGUAUUUCUUUGCAACACAGGAUAAUGAGCUUACGGAAGCCUUAAAACAGAUUCCUGGUGUACCAAUCUUGUUUAUCAAAUAUAAUGCAAUUUUGAUCGAUAAACCGAGUGAAGUCACCAUUCAGGAAAUCGAGAAGCCGAAAGAUCAACUAACUGAAGUGAAUGAAUUAAAAAAGGCAAUACUUGGUGAGGAUGAGAAGCCGAGACGAAAGCGAAAGCAUCCAAAAGGACCAAAUCCACUUUCAGUAAAGAAGAAGAAGAAAAAGAUCCAAAUGAUCAGUAUUCAGCCAGCUGCGAAAACUUCCAGGAAACGCCGUCGGAAAAAGAAGACAGAAAAAGAGGAGCAGAAGUAA